AUGCGCGCGGAGUCCACCCAGAUCAGCGCCUUAACCGCCGGGGCCGCGCACCUGCUCUGCUUUGCGGGCCUCGCUGCCGCCCACGCCCUCGCUGGCCGCGGCGCGCUCGUCUCCGACCCCGCGCUCGCCCUCCGCCUUCUCGUGGUCUGUGAAGCGCCCAUAGUCAUCGCAGUGUUCAGCUACCUCCGGCGUGAUGCCAAAAGCUGCUCGUUUUUCAAGGCUGUUGCGAGAGGAUUGAUCGGCUUGCCCGUGGGAGCUUUCCUUAAUGCAUUUGGGGCAAUCGUUCUUGGUGCACCUGUUGGAAUCAAAUACUGGAUAGCUACUCUAUAUUGGUCACUUGUCAUGUCCCUGUUCACAUUUGUUCCCGCGGCAUGUGUCUUUGGAGCAUCCAAGAUUGAUUGGCUGAAUGUGCUUUCUCACUCCAUUUAUUUCACGCCAACUAAUGUUGAGAACUACAUGAUAUCCGCACCUUGUCAUGGAGCUGUGCUAGGGGCAUGGCUCAGUGCUUGGCCUAUGCCCCUUGACUGGGAGAGACCCUGGCAGGAAUGGCCAAUCUGUGUCACUUACGGUGCAGUUGCUGGGUAUAUGGUUGGAAUGGUGGUGUCAUUGAUCCUAAUAGCUGUUCACAAGAGAAGGGUUCGUGCAAAAGCUGACUAG